UUACUUAUAUGUUAAAUGGAAAAUGUUGUCGGCUCCAUUUUUAUUUUAGGUUAUAGUGCCAGUUGGAUGGUCUUUGUUCCAGUAUACAUAAUUGCAAAACACCAGGGAACCAUGGCUUCUUUUCUUCACCGUUGUCCCUUUCUGACCAGCAUGCCAAAGCCAGCUUUGGCCAGAGCUGGACGUUCUCUCUUCAACUUUGCUGACCAUUGCCCUAUCAUGCAGUCCUGUACCAUGGCCACCACCACUAGUCAGCAAAAUGGAACAAAGACAACCAAAGCUGAGUCCAAUGCCAGGAAGUUUAGCCUUCAACGUGUGUUGCCUCAGGCUACAUUGCCCCUGGCUGCCACAUGUCCUUUUGUCAAAUCCAACAUUGGCAUUGUUCAGGCUCGACCAGAGGUUCAGGAGGACGUCCGAAGUGAACAAUCAGCUAGACCAAUGGAUAACAUCAUUGCCAGCAUCCAGUCAAACCUGAAAGAAAAAAUUCAGGGUUUUUUUGAUACCCAGCCUGCUGUCGGACACCUUAUUCAGGACAACAUGCCAACUGAUAUGUCCAGCUUUGAGUAUGACAAGUUUUUUGACCAAAAGAUUACUGAGAAAAAAGCAGAUUUCACCUAUCGAGUGUUCAAGACUGUCAACCGUCGUGCUGAUGUGUUCCCAUUUGCAGAAGACUAUUCAACUUCUUUUAAUGAUGCUAAACAAGUAUCUGUCUGGUGCAGUAAUGACUAUUUGGGAAUGAGCAGUCAUCCACGUGUCAUUGGAGCCAUUGAGAACACUCUGAAUCAAUAUGGUGCUGGUGCUGGAGGUACCAGAAACAUUUCUGGUACUAGUAAAUUCCAUGUGGACUUGGAGAAGGAGCUGGCUGACCUUCACCACAAAGAUGGAGCCCUUGUCUUUUCAUCAUGUUUUGUGGCCAAUGACUCAACUCUUUUCACUCUUGCCAAGAUGCUUCCAGGCUGUGAGAUCUAUUCAGAUGCAGGAAACCAUGCUUCCAUGAUCCAGGGUAUCCGGAACAGUGGUGCUAAACGGCACAUCUUUCGACACAAUGAUGUGGCACAUCUUGAAGAGUUGCUGAGCAAAUCUGACCCCAAGACACCUAAAAUUGUAGCAUUUGAGACAGUUCACUCCAUGGAUGGUGCCAUUUGUCCUCUGGAAGAAAUGUGUGAUGUUUCCCACCGCUAUGGAGCACUUACCUUUGUGGAUGAAGUUCAUGCAGUGGGUCUGUACGGAGCAAGAGGGGCUGGUGUUGGUGAGAGAGAUGGAGUCAUGCACAAAAUGGACAUUAUCUCGGGAACCCUGGGCAAGGCAUUUGGGUGCGUAGGUGGAUACAUUGCCAGCACAGGCUCCCUGGUGGAUACAGUUCGUUCCUUUGCUGCAGGCUUCAUCUUUACCACCUCUCUGCCACCUAUGGUUUUGUCAGGGGCACUAGAGUCAGUGCGGGUUCUGAAAAGCUCUGAAGGCCAGGCUCUAAGAAGGGCACACCAGAGAAAUGUUAAGCAUAUGAGACAGCUCCUCCUUGAUGCUGGGCUUCCUGUGAUCAACUGUCCAAGUCACAUCAUUCCAAUUCGGGUGAGCAAUGCUGAGAAAAACUCAAAAAUCUGUGACCUGAUGAUGGAAAAACACAAUAUCUAUGUCCAAGCCAUCAACUACCCUACUGUUCCCAGAGGGGAAGAACUGCUACGUCUUGCACCUUCUCCCCACCAUACUCCAGCAAUGAUGGACUAUUUCGUGGAAAAAUUGGUUGAAGUUUGGGAAGAAGUAGACCUGCCUAUGAGCCACCUUUCAUCAGUUGAAUGCAACUUCUGCCACCGCCCAUUGAACUUUGACCUCAUGAGCGAGUGGGAGAGGUCAUACUUUGGAAACAUGGGCCCCCAAUACAUCACUGUUUGUGCUUAAAUAACAGAAAUGUAUGAAAACCAGAGAAUGUAUCGGGACUGAAUGAGAUUCCUCUUUGAUUGCCUUAGCUUGGACAUGCUACCUGCUUAUCCAUAAAGAUGCUAAUUGGGCUCAAACCCCACCUAUGUAAACAAACUGUUAAAUUAAAAAUUAAUUUUAUUGUUUUAUUAGGAAUAAUUUUUAAUAGAUACUUAUUAAAGGAGAAGAAAAUGGAUUAGUUAUUUCUAAUAACACUUUAAUGCUUGUAUGAUUCACUUAAGUUUUUGCUCAUUAGUCAUGUAAACAACUCAUAGUCCUGAUAUAUUUAUGUGUU